AUUUUCAUGUCUUUUAUUUGCUUUAUGCAUUUGCAUUUACACUGAAAAUGUAUCAGAAAUAUAGUAAUUUUUUAAACAAAAUGCAUCAGGGCUUUGCUGCAUAGGGUUUCAGACUGCACUUUGUCUUUUAUUGGUUUUUUAAAAUUCUUACACAUUAAAAGAUCAUCACCUGAACAGGCCUCAUACAAAAACAUUAUAAUCUGAAAAUAAGCUAACACAAUAACAGUCAUGAUCAAUUUACAAAAGUCCAAAUGAAAAUCUAAAUCUUUGCUGUUUCAACUGUACAUGGUGGAUGUGUGAUGGAUGGGUGUCUCUCUGGGGGGUGGACUAAAUGAUCCGUUUUUUCCAAUGGCCCACCCCCCAUUUCUCUCGCCAGGUUUUUGUUUUUCCUAAAGGCCCAAGGCUGCACUGGGGUUCAGACUGCACAGCCAAACACUGCACUGAAAACUCCAUCCUUUUUAGAAACGAGCCGCUUUCUUCUUCUGUGUCUGUCAGCGCAGUGUGUCACAGGGGCGGGGUCUUCUGGUGGGAGGAGUCCUGACAGCCGGCAGUGAUGCAGAGUUUAAAUAUAUGGAGAAAAUGUAAAUGGUAUGCGCUGAUUUGUCACUGUGGCUGUUUGAAGUGUUCCUGCAGUGCUCUUAUAAGGCAGCAGUGAGUGUGAUUGGUGGGGGGGAAAGAGUGUGCUCUCUCAGAGGGGGGCCGGGUGUGUGCACAGGGCUCAGUCUCUCUGAGAGCUCAGAGGUGAAGGUGUGAGCAUCCACUCUGCUCUGAGGAAGGUUUGGUUCGUUUGCGCUGAAGAUGGAGAGAUGUCUGUUCUUUCUCUCUCUCUCCUCCCUGCUCCUGCUCUCCACAGUCAGCAGUGAGGAUGUGAGGCUGGUGAAUGGAGGAAGCCCCUGUGCUGGGAGAGUGGAGGUUUACCAUCAGAGAAAGUGGGGGACAGUGUGUGGUGAUCGCUGGGAUAUGAAAGAUGCUGGGGUGGUGUGUAGACAGCUGGGCUGUGGAGAUGCUGUAGAAGCACCAAAAUAUGGCCACUUUGGCCCUGGGUCUGGGACAAUAUGGAUGGAUGAUGUGUCCUGCAGGGGAUCAGAAUCCACACUGAAGGAGUGUGGGUCAGCAGGAUGGGGUGUACAUAACUGUGGUCAUGGAUGGGAUGCUGGAGUGAUCUGCUCAGGUAACGUCAGGCUGGUGGGCGGGUCUGACCUGUGCUCUGGGAGAGUAGAGAUGCAUCAUGGGGGCUCCUGGGGCACGGUGUGUGAUGCUGUCUUUGACCAGCGGGACGCAGAGGUUGUGUGCAGGGAGCUGGGCUGUUGGGCUCCUGGAGAGUUGCGGUGGGCAGCUGCGUUUGGCCAGGGGGAGGGCCCGGUGUGGGCAGAGGAGAUUCAGUGUUCAGGCAAAGAAUCUCACAUUUACUUCUGUCCCAAAGCACCCUCACAGAAUCAACCCUGCUCCCAUGGAAACGAUGUGGGACUGGUGUGUUCUGGGUACACUGAGUCCAGGCUGGCUGACAGCCCUGAUAACUGCUCAGGUCGAGUGGAGCUGCAGUACCUGGGUAAAUGGGGGACAGUUUGUGAUGCAUGCUGGGACAGGAGAGCCUCCAAUGUCCUCUGUCAGCAGCUGAAGUGUGGGACUGCAGUGGCAGUGCCAGGACAGGCCUGGUUUGGAGAGGGGAGUGAGCCAAUCAGAGCCGAUGUGUUUGAUUGCCAUGGGAACGAGACACGCCUCUCACAGUGUGCUGUUUCCUCAUGGAGCCGAGCUGUGCUCUCACAUGGACAGGAUGCUGGAGUCAUCUGCUCUGGCUCUGCCCUCUCAGCUCUGGACGGGACGGUGCGGCUGGCUGGAGAGGGUGCGUGUGAGGGCCAGGUGGAGGUGUACUACCAGCAGACCUGGAGCAGAGUGGGGGGGUCCUGGAGCUUCAGUGAGGCCUCGGUGGCCUGCAGGCAGCUGGGCUGUGGCUCUGCAGUGCAGGUCUACAGCUCCUCUCCGUCUGGGACGGGGGGCAGUGGGGAGUGUCUGAUGGGGGUUCAGUGCUCCGGGAGAGAGGCUCACCUGGGGAACUGCAGCACUCCACACAAACUCACCUGCAGCUCCAGGGAACAGGUGUCCAUCGUCUGUUCCAAUCACAGGACUCUCAGGCUGGUGGGGGGAGGGGGGGACUGUGCGGGACGGUUGGAGGUGUUCCACAGGGGCUCCUGGGGGACAGUUUGUGAUGACUCCUGGGACCUGAAUGAUGCUCAGGUGGUGUGCAGGCAGCUCCAGUGUGGGACAGCCCUCAGUGCCCCGCUACCCUCCUUCUUUGGACCAGGAGAUGGACUCAUCUGGCUGGAUGAGGUGGGCUGUGUUGGGAACGAGACAUCCCUGUGGGACUGUCCCACAGCCGGAUGGGGACAAACUGACUGUGGACACAAGGAGGACGUGGGAGUCGUGUGUUCAGAAUUCAAGGAGAUGAGACUGGCCGAGGGCUGUUCUGGGAAUUUGGAAGUUUUCUACAAUGGCACCUGGGGCAACGUGUGCUUCAAUCAAAUGUCUAGAGACACGGCUGCUCUCAUAUGUCAGGAGCUGAACUGUGGGAAGAGCACAUUUGUGUCUAAAACACAGUCAAGACUGGAAUCAGCUCCAAACUGGCUGGAUCAUUUCAAAUGUCGCCCACAUGACUCCACUCUGUGGCAGUGCCCAUCAAAGCCUUGGGGUGAGAAUACCUGCGGGCAAACCAGCGUGGCUUCGCUUAACUGCACAGGGGAAGAGGAUGAUGAAGUUCCACGAAGCAAAUUGUCAUGUUCCUCAGCAGCAAAUCAGAGAGCUUGCCCAAGUCACUGGCCCCUCCGGCUGGUGGGGGGUGAAGGCGGGUGCUCUGGGAGGCUGGAGGUGUUCCACGGGGGCUCCUGGCGGACGGUGUGUGGAGACUCCUGGGACGCGAUGGACGUCCAGGUGGUGUGCAGACAGCUGGGCUGUGGGUCAGCAGGAAAGGCUCAUAGUAAUGCUACUUCUGGGAUGGGGAACGACACCCUCUGGCUGACUGAGGUGAACUGCAGGGGCACUGAGAUGCACCUGUGGGACUGCCCACACUCUGUGCACCAGCACAGCCGCUGCCCACACCAGAACCAGGCUGGGGUCACCUGCACAGUUCCUUUAUCUGAGUCCAGCUCCGCUGCAGGUACUCCUGCAAUGACUACACAACCAAAAUCACAGCCAGUUGUGUCCAAACGGCCAGUGCCCGGAUCAAAGGAGGUUCCGCCCAGCCCGUCUAUCCCAGCAGUGGCCUUCCUGGUGAUGGGGGCGCUGUUGUUCCUGCUGCUGGCAGUGCUGGGUGUUCUGCUGUUCCAGAACAGAGCGUUGAAGAGAGCCCUGUCUGAAUGGGACCACGCCCCUCUGCAUGAAGCUGUCUACGAGGAGAUCGAGUACAAACUAGCUAGAGGGGGAACCUACAGCGCCCCCCGGUGGGGGAGUGGCCUAUCAGAGGAUCCGCCCUCUGGGUAUGAAGACGUGGAGGACGGCGAGGGACACUCCCUCUCAGGUAAGGGGGCGGAGCUCUGUGGAGCUCUCAGUGGGUGUAGGUGGUGGUGCUGUGGCUCCAGGGUGAUUUUGGGAGGGGUGGAACUCCUGAGUGCUCCUCAGAGUUUCGGUGGCGUAUGUAACAGGAUCACUGGCUGUGAACAGGACAGCUGUGUAGUAAAAUGGUGAGAGAACUGGGCUCAAGUUUGCAGGUUCAAUUUCCCUGAAAGGACACUGCAAGGUACUUAAUCUGAAUUGCUUCACAAUACAUCCAGCUGUAUAAAUGGAUACUAUGUAAUGAAAAAGCUGUUUAAGUUAUGGCUGAAUAAGAGUGUCUGGUAAAUGCCUGUAAUAUAAUCAUAUUGUAGAUAUGGUGUUUAAUCAUGACAUAUAUUUAUUAAAACAGCCGUUAUGGGUACAUGGGGAUAGACUGUUAAUCCGCUACUUCUACCCCUCAG